UAUUUACAAUUAAUAGUUUUGUAGUUUAAAGACAAAACAUAUGUAAUUACUUGAUUUUAAAUCAACAUAUUCAUGUACAAAUACUACUUUCGUUACUCGUGUAUAUUACUACUAUUGUUAAGAGAUGGUGCCUGACAUCUACAUCUAGUUGUUCGAAUCAUGUAAUUUCUAAUCAAUAUUUGUAGCAUAAUUUCUGCCUAAUUAAUUUGGCUGUUGGUUGGAUGAGUAUAUUCAUGUCUUUUACACACAAAAAGUUAAAUAAUUACUUUGUUACUGACAUUUGUUGAGUUUCCAAUGUUUCUUCUUGCAUAAUACCACAAAACCAAACUGCUUAUCUUGUAAUGGUAACUUUUGAAUCUGCAAAAUCUCUUUAUGUUUCCUAUUUAGUUUAGUGUUAGAUUUAUUCUCUGGUUGUUAGCCCUAGAAUAAAGUAUACUAUAGAAAGCUGCAGAAUAAAGUUAAGAUAUCAUAAGAUACAGAAUAAGAGUUAGAAACAUUAUAGGACUUAUUAUAUUGAAUAAGGUCUAGGGUCCUUACGUCUACUCCCUGAUUUUAAUAAUACACUGUAUCACAUGACUAUCAGCUCUGUUGAUGAACAUACAGUAAAGUUUUUACACCUUUUUAUAUUACAGUGUUUUUUAAAAUGUUUUUAAUGCUUACCCCUUUUAAUAGUCCAGUUAUUUUUCCAAUUUAUCAUAUAUGUAUAGAAGUGAUCAGGGGCAAAUAGCCCAAAAUGCAUUUCUAUUUUAAAUAGUAAAGUCUGUAUGAUCAGUCAUCUGGUGUUUCUGUAUGAUAAGUUCUUUACAGUAAUUCUGUGCUUACUAUCAACGAUCUUAAGAAGAGAACAAGAACCAAUCAAGCACCAAAGUCCUGGGGUUUAUAAGAAACUGAGGAUGUCGGCCCUGACUACAGAAGAAGUGUUCAAUGCCUGUUCCGAACCGGAUCCUAGCACAAAGGACUUCAUAUUCCAACAAACAAUGUACCGAAUCAAAGAUCCCAAGAAGUCAUUGGACUUUUAUACAAGGGUUCUUGGCAUGAGGUUGCUACACAAGAUGGAUUUUCCCGAGAUGAAAUUCUCUCUCUUCUUUAUGGGCUAUGAAAAUGCAUCGGACAUACCCGAAGAUCCCAAAGCCAGGUGCGAGUGGGCCAUGUCCAGGAAGGCGACCCUAGAACUGACACACAACUGGGGAACCGAGAAUGACCCGGAUCAGAGUUACCAUAAUGGAAAUUCUGACCCCCGAGGAUUCGGACACAUAGGACUUAUGGUGCCCGACGUAAACAAAGCCUGCGAACGCUUCGAGAGUCUGGGAGUCAAGUUUGUCAAAAGACCUUCUGAUGGUAAAAUGAAGCACAUAGCAUUCAUUCAAGAUCCCGAUGGCUAUUGGAUAGAAAUCUUGAAUAAUAAAACCGUAGCGGCGGCCAUGUGAAGCGUAAUUGAAUUUGUUUUCUAUUUUGUUGUAAUAAAACUACUGUUAAAUUGUUUAAAAAUUAUUUUUGAAAAAUAAAAAAAGUCAACUUA